AUUAAUAAAAAAAAAUUUAAAAAGAAUAAAGUAGCACAUUUUAAUAAAAAAAGUUUUAUAAUAUUUAUGCAUUCUCAAGACUAAUACGGAAUAGGAAAGAUUGAUUCUUUUCAAUUAAAUAGUUAACUUAGCUAAAAUUUAAAUGAUAUGUACAUGUUUAAUUUGUAAGUAAGUUUGAGUAGGAAUCCUUUUGGAUGCUAUGAUUUUAGUAGAUAGUAAUCUACUCUAUCUAAUAUGCAAAGCGUAGGGAGGUUUUAAUUGCGCAAAGAUACUGCAAUAAACGAGAAAGGAGAUAUUAUCAUUCAACAAAAAAUUAAUUAACAAAAAUAAUAAAAUUUUGAUAAAGAUUUAGAUGCCAUAAUGCUAAACAAAAGUAUUCCUGUUUCAGUCUAAAAAUCACUUAACAUUAAUUCUGAAGAGCUAGAUUAAAGCUUUUUGAAUUUACAUGAACUUAAGAAUUUACCAAUCAAUAUGACUAAUUCUUAAGAUAUUGGUUAAAGUCAGUAGAAAUAAUACAUGAAAAAUUCUUUAAACAAUAGUAUAUUUUUAGAUUAGAGUGACUAGCUAAGAUAAUAAUUUAACAACUUUAAUCCUUUUAAUAUCACUUAAUACUAGAACGAAAGUUUAAUGAAAUAUUCUAGCUAAAAAAAAAAUAUAAAUUAAGAAUUAUUUAUGUAAGUUAGCUUAAUUGAUAAAAAAAUGGAGACUUUAAGUGAACCUGAUUAACAUGCUAUUUAUUAUGACCAAGAAUCAAGCACAGUUUAAAAUAAUUAAGAAAUAAAAUAAUAAUUAGAUGAUUAAAAUAACGAUAAUUCAUCGGACAAUAUUAACAAUAACAAUAAUCAUUUUAUUAGUGAAUAGUAUGAUUAAGAAAAUAUUAAAAAAAGUAAUGUUAAAUUAGAAUCUUCAAAACAAUAAGAAAACCCUUACAGUUACCAAGUUCACUCUGACGAGGAAUAAUAAAAUAAGAAUGCUCCUUCUAAAAUAAAAAAGAAAAUAUCAAAAAAAUCUUAGAAGUAAAACAAAGAAUAAAAAAGAGUAUCAAAAUGCAGAUAAAGUAGACAUAAAAAUGUAUUUAAAAAUUUUGGAGGCACUCUCAUCCGCUUUAUAAUAUAUAAUUAAUAUUUUUAGUAAAGAGUCUCAGACUUAUUUAAGUAAGAUGCAUAGAAAAAAAAACUAUUUUAAGAUUGGCUAUAAAGCAAUAUCAAGCUUGAAAGGAAAAAAGACUUUUAAAUUGCCUGGACGACCUUUAAAACUGACUCAGAAACAAUUAAAGAAUACAAAGAAGUAUUGAGAGAAUUAAGCAGAGACUUCUUUGAAAAUUUCUCAUUUGUAUAUUUGAUAAAUUCAAGAAAAAUAAGUGAUUUAGAAAUACAUCUUAGAUCUAUCCAUACUUAUUUGGCUGGCAUUAACAAUCCUGACUCCCUAGAAAGAUUUAAACCGAUUUGA